AUGGCAACAUUCAGGGAGUUAAGGGAUUCUUUAUUGUUUGCCUAUCAAUAUGGAAGCAUUUAUGAUACAGAGUUUGCCCUGUUGUACGAUUUAAAUUGUUCUGAAAAUCUCGACUUUCCUUAUUGGAAGUAUGGUCGCUUCGAUCUUGAUUCUAUGACACAGGGGCGGAUCCAGGAUUUUUUUUUUUAGGAGGGGGUUUGCAGAAUACCAGUUGUAUUAGAAAACCGCAGGUUAUCUCAGGUGGGGGGGGGGGGGGGGGCCCCCCCCGGGAUAUUCCGCCCCCCGGGGGGGUGGGGGGUGGUUUUUACCCUUUUGGGGUUUUGGGAAAUUGGGAAAAAUUUUUGAAAAAUUUUGGUUUUUAUACGGGAAGGGUUUUUUUUAAAAUUAGGAGUGGUUGUUUAGGAACCCAAGAAUUCUCUUGUAUUCUACAAUGGGGGGGGGGGGGGGGGGGUGCGCACCCCCUGCACCCUCCCCUAGAUCCGCCCCUGAUGACAGAUGAUGAGUGUAAGGCUGAGUUUCGGUUUUUCAAGAACGAUAUUUAUGUACUCGGAGAAGUUCUUGAUAUUGCAGACAUAAUGAAAUGCCCCAAUGGCGUUCUUAUUACUCAUUUUCAAAAGGUUGUACAGCUAUAG